AUGACCAAUAUAAUCUCAAAAUUUGAAUGUCUUCCCAAUGAACUUUUACUUGAUAUAUUAACAUACUGCCGCCCACGAGAUUUAUUUAUAUCAUUAUUUAAUCUCAAUCAACGUUUAAAUACAUUGAUAUAUAUUCAAACACUUAAUAUUGAUUUAGGAAAUGCAUUACCUAAAUAUUUGCUCGAUGUUUAUUAUAAAUCUGUUUUAUAUAAUGCACGUGAACAAAUUCAUACUUUACGAUUAUCUGAUACCUAUGGACGUAUGAAUCGUUUUAUAACAAAUGAUCAACAAUUAGAAAUUGAUGGUGAAACAAGAAAAGCUAUUCUUGAUCGUGUUAAAUGUUUGAUUUUAUGGGAUCCACUUAUGACAAGUCUGCAUCAAAUAUUAAAUUAUGUACAUAAUAUUGAAUAUUUUCAUGUUACAUCAAUUGGACGAGCACGACAUACACCAAAUUAUUCAGAUAAAUUACUUAAAAUUUUGUUUGAAAUGAAAUUAUUAAAACGACUUUAUUUAGCAUUACAUGAUUCAAUUAUAUUCGAUACUGAUAUUGGUACAAGUACAUCGCUUACACAUUUAACAUUGAAUGGUUGUUAUAUGCAACAUUUAGCACCACUUCUUCGUCGAUUACCUAAUAUUCGUUUCUUAAAUAUAAUGUGUUAUAAUAGACCUAAUGUAACAUCAAUAAAUCAAGAUGAUUUUGAUUAUACUCUCUAUGCUGAUCUUGCUGAUUGUGUUCCGUAUUUAACACAUUUAACAUUACAUGUUACUCAUACACCAUUUUUUGAGAUCGAAAUACUUCUUCGACAAUUACCUAAACUUAUCAAAUUAUCAUUUUCAUCACUUCUCAUCGAAGAUUAUUCGAAUGGAUCGAAUUGGGAACGUGUAAUUACGACUUAUUUACCACAAUUAAAAAAAUUCAGUCUAUUUAUUAAUGAAACACAUAUACCAUUACGAACUCAAAUUGAUCUUAAUAAAAUCAUACAAACAUUCUCUAGUUUCUUUUGGCAACAAUGGCCAGUUGUUAUUGAAUAUUAUUCUGAAUCUUUAUUAAAAAGACAUCUUAUGUUAUAUACAUUACCUAGUCAAAAGGAUAGUAUACGAACAUAUUUAUACGGUCUAGAGAUAUAUUCUUCACAAGAACUUUUCAAUAAUUCGAAACUAAAUUUUCCUAAUGAAUUCAAUAAAUCAUAUUAUAAAAAAGUAUAUGAACUUCAUUUUACUCUACAUCCUAACUCAUCUUCGAAUAUUAUUCUACCAAAUCGUGUUUAUACAAGUCUAAAAUCACUUUCAUUUUCAUCUGAAUUAACUGAUUCUGAUUCAUAUAAUACUGAUACUAUUUUAACUGAUCUUCAAAAAAUAUGUUCAACAUCUGUACUUACAAAUAUUAAACGCAUUUAUCUGUAUGAUCAAAUUUACCCAAUAAACUUUCUUUCAAAAAUCUUAAAUUUAUUACCAAAUGUUCAAAGCCUUCGAGUAUCUGCAUCAUUACUUCAUAUUUCAAUAGUUUUAACUCGUAUUACAAGUUUAACAAUUGAUAUGGCUUCAAUUCUUAGCUAUAAUUCAACAGAUAUUCUUCGUCAAAUGAGUACUUAUCUUCCUAAUAUACGUUAUCUUUAUUUUGAAUUAAAAAAUACCGAAAACAUCUAUGUUUUGCUUAUAUAUUGUCUUCGAAAACUUGUACAUCUAUUAGAUAUACAUAUUGCAUUUCAUGAACAAAAUGCACGUAUUGAUUCACAAUUAUUUAUAUCAUGGUUUGAUGAAUAUAAACUAUUAAAUGGAUUAAAUAAUAAAGUACAAGUUGAAUUUGGAGAUGAAAAUAAUCGUUUACACAUUUCAUUGUGA